GCAAGUUUUGGGGCCACCGGUGAAUCGCGCUCAGCAUUGUUUCAAGAUUCAUCAGAUUCACAUCCCCAAUGUCCAGGUUCAUUGCAAGUUACCCGCGGUCGCAUUGAAAACGCGAUUAAGCAUCAUUCUGAUCCGGGCUGUACGCAAAGGUAAUGCAUUCCCAGUACAGUCGCCUCUCCCAGGAAACCCCACCUGUACGGUUGUGGACGAAUGUGAUACUUGCAGCCAAUGUGAUAGCUUUCAUGGCGCAUAUUGUGAUCGGUACUGAAAACCGGCUUAUCCUCUGGGGAGCAAAGGUGAAUAACUUGAUUGCAAAAGGCCAGAUUUGGAGACUUCUUACGCCCGCCUUCCUUCACGUCAACUUGAUACACCUCCUGUUGAACUGCUACUCUGUACACUCCCUGGGUCCACAUUUGGAGUCACUGGGAGGAUCCAAGAGGUUCUUGGUGGUGUUUGCUGUUGCCGCUGUUACUACUUCUUGCCUGAGCUUCCUCAUGUGUAAGUCACCAGCAGUUGGCGCUUCAGGAGCGAUUUGUGGCCUGAUUGGAGCCCUUGCUGUCUACUCCUUCAGGCACAGGAAAUUGCUGAACAAGGCACAGGAAAAUUUGGGUCGAAUCUCACGCACCGUAGCUUUUAACAUGGUUCUUGGUUUGAUGUCACAUGAAGUGGACAACUGGGGACAUCUGGGAGGUUUUGUAGGUGGUGCUUUUGUAAGCUGGUUGAUAGGACCUGCAUUGAGGGCUGUUUGUAAAGGUACUAAAGUUGUGCUCGAAGAUCAUCCUCCAGCCAUUCAACUAUGGCGGUGCUGGUUGCGUUGGUUGCCUCGUCUUUCACUACGUCGUCCUUCAAACAAUAAUCAAUAUUAGGCCUUGGUCGGUCCAUGGUACGGCUCCAGCUUGCAGGCAACAGCAUUUCAGCUUAGCGAUAUGGAUUUUCCCGUCUUGAGAGUCAGACUUGUAUCUCGUGGGGGGUUUUAAACUCGGAUCCUCACAUUGACCA